AUGGUAUCAACGCCUCAGAAAAGAUCUACCUCAACCGACGAUGCUUUUCCCUCGCUGCAACUCUUCCUCUUGGCCAUCUGCCGUGUGGCAGAGCCAAUCGCUCUUACCUCCAUUUUCCCAUACUCGUGGGUGAUGGUCCAAGAGUUCCACAUCGGCAAUCCCAAUGACGCCUCUUUCUAUGCCGGCAUUCUUAUCGCCGCCUUUUCCUUGGCCGAAGCUGUGACCGGCAUGUUUUGGGGCGCGCUUUCCGAUCGUCUAGGCCGGAAGCCUGUGCUACUUUUGGGUUGUUCUGGUACUGUACUCUCCUUGCUCAUUGUCGGAUUCUCUACCAACUACUGGCUUGCCCUUUUUGGUCGUGUCGUCGGUGGUAUGCUCAAUGGAAAUGUCGGUGUCAUCCAAACCAUGGUUGGAGAACUGGUGAAACGGCCAGAACACGAGCCUCGAGCCUACGCAGUCAUGCCUUUUGUCUGGUCCAUCGGCACUAUUCUUGGACCUGCGGUGGGUGGUCUUCUCGCAAAGCCUGCUGAAGGCUUUCCUUCGGUAUUCUCCCCGGACGGUCUCUUUGGGAAAUACCCGUUCUUACUUCCUAACCUUUUCUGUGCCGUACUACUCCUCGUUAGUAUAACCGGAGGCGCUUUACUCCUUCAAGAAACCCACCCAGACCUCCAGCCUCAGGCGCCGUCUCUAUACUCCUCGAGCGCCGAGACUCCAUUGAUAGCCACUGCUGGAGCCACGUCGAACCCCGGUGUCGACCUCCGCGCGGAGUCAUACGGUACUUUUAACGAUGUCAGUGUACAUUCAAACGAACGCUGGCGAUGCCAGACCGAGGGUUCCAAAGAGAGAAUUAGCUCCUCACAAAAGGAAGUGGCCUUUACGUCUCAGGUGAUCAUGUUCAUCGUCGCUCUUGGUAUUUUCACAUACCACUCCAUGACCUUUGACCAUCUUCUUCCAAUCUUCCUACAAGAUAAGAAUCAUAUGCUUCUUUCCGGAAGCUCUUUCCCGUAUAUCUCUGGAGGACUAGGGUUAUCCACCCAGACUGUCGGGAUCAUCAUGUCCGUCGACGGACUGAUUGCGCUUUUCAUCCAAAGCGUCUUGUUCCCACCUCUGGCUGAUUGGCUUGGUGUCUGGAGACUGUUUGUCAUGGUCACAACCUUGCAUCCCAUAACCUACUUCAUUGUGCCCUUCUUGGCCUGUCUCCCGCCCAACCUCGUAUUCAGCGGGAUCUAUAUUUGCUUGAUUAUUCGCAACAUCCUGUCCAUCAUAGCUUACCCGGUUCUCUUGAUUCUCAUCAAACAAUCCGCCCCUUCUUCCUGCGUGAUGGGAAAAAUCAACGGACUGGCCGCCUCAGCUGGUGCCGCAUGCCGCACUAUUGCACCUCCCGUAGCAGGACUCUUGUACAGCACUGGUACCCAAAUCGGCUGUACUCCUAUUGCCUGGUGGGGGAGCUCUGUCAUCGCGCUAGCCGGCAUUUUACAGCUGUGGUUCAUCAAGCGCAGAAAGGACACCGUCACUGUUAGAGCAGCAGCUCCAUGUCUAGCAGCAGCUGGUCCCCCUUCUGCAGAAAGCCACCCACGCGAAGUUAUUCACGUGCUUGGCGAGCCUGACUUUUAG